AUGAAGUCCUGGCUCCCCAUACCCGUGUCCUCGCACUUCUCGCUGAAGAACAUCCCCUUUGGCAUCAUAUCCACGGCAUCCAAUGCACACCACCGACCAGCCGUCGCUGUGGGCGAGCAUGUCCUCGACCUCUCCGCCUUCACAUCAGGAGCCGGCUUCUCCAAGCUGGCGCCCGAGCUGCAGAGCAAUACAUCGGUAUUCGCUCAGCCGACGCUGAACGCCUUUGCCGCCCUCGGCCGGCCGUACCACCGCGCCAUCCGCCAGUACCUGCAAGACGUCUUCCGCGAGGACACACCGUACCCAGAGCUCCUCAAGACCAACGGCACGCUGCGGCAGACGGCGCUCGUGGCGCUCGGCGACCCGCAAACGCACCUGCCGCUCUCGAUCGGCGACUACACCGACUUCUUCGCCGGGCGCAACCACGCCUUCAACGUGGGCACCCUCUUCCGCGGCGCCGCCAACGCGCUGCAGCCCAACUACCACCACCUGCCGGUGGCCUACCACGGGCGCGCCAGCUCGGUCGUCGUCUCGGGCACGCCGCUGCACCGCCCCUGGGGCCAGGCGCUGCCGGCGCCGGGGGCCACGGCGCCCGUGUUCCGGCCCAGCGCGCGGCUGGAUAUUGAGCUCGAGAUGGGCAUGUUCGUCAGCCGCGGCAACGCGCUCGGCGCGCCCGUCGCCGUCGCCGACGCCGAGGACAGCAUCUUUGGCUACGUGCUCAUGAACGACUGGAGCGCGCGCGACAUUCAGCAGUGGGAGUACGUGCCGCUGGGCCCGUUCAACGCCAAGAACUUUGGCACCUCCAUCAGCGCGUGGGUCGUGCUCGCCGACGCGCUCGAGCCGUUUCGCACGCGGGGGCUCGAGAACGAGACGCCGCUGCAGGCGUACCUGCAGGAGGACCGGACGGACAACAUUCUCGACGUGCAGCUCGAGGUGUCCGUGACGACCGCCAAGGGCCACACAACCAAGCUCACCAAGACGUCGUCAAAGAACCUGCUCUGGUCCUGGCCGCAGAUGCUCGCCCACCACACCAUCUCGGGCUGCAACCUGCGCGCCGGCGACCUCUUCGGCUCGGGCACCGUGUCGGGCUUCGACGCCGGCACGCACGGCAGCUUCCUCGAGCAGACGCAGGGCGGCAAGGUGGCGAUCCAGCUCGAGGGCGGCGAGGAGCGCAAGUUUGUCGAGGACGGCGACACCAUCACCAUUACGGGCUGGGCCGGGUCGGUCGAGGGCGAGCUCGUCGGGUUCGGCGAGUGUGUGGGGCAGAUUCUGCCUGCGGUUGCGCGGAGCUGA